AUGGAACAGUUAUCAAAGGAGCUCGGUGUGGAUGACAAGAAGCUCAUGUGGAAGAUCGACGCUUGCGUUAUUCCUCCGUUCUGCUUGCUCUACUUCCUUUCGUUCUUGGACAGAGUCAACAUCUCCAACGCCAACGUCUACGGGUUGUCCGAGGACCUCGGCUUGACCGGUAACCAAUACAACAUCGCAUUGACAGUUUUCUUUGUGCCCUACGUUUUUUUCGAAGUUAUUUCCAAUUACAUCAUCAAGUUUGUUAAGCCUCACGUCUGGUUGUCUGCAUGUAUCCUUUCAUUCGGAGCCAUUUCUAUCGGAAUGGGUUUUGUCAAGAACUUUGGCGGAUUGGUGGUGUGUAGGUUCUUGAUCGGGUUCACCGAGAGUGGAACCUUCCCUUCCAUUUUCUACUUAUUAGGAUGUUUCUACACCAAGGCUGAAUCGCAAAGAAGAUUCUCAGCCUUUUUUUCCGUUACCGCAUUAGCAGGUGCAGCCUCUGGUGCGAUUGCCUAUAAGAUCCACGAGCUUGACGGAAAACACGGCUUGGCCGCAUGGCAAUGGAUCUUCAUCAUUGAAGGAGCGGUGACUUGUGGUUGUGCCGGACUUCUUUUCAUGACCAUCGCUGAUUUCCCUGAAGAGUGCCGUUUUUUGAAGGCCAACGAGCGUGAAUUUUUGAAGAGAAAAUUGGAAAUUUACAGUGGAGCCGCUUCUGCUUACGAAAUCACCAACACCGUCAAGGAUGUUCUCAACUGCUUCAAGGACCUCUUGGUGUGGCUUCCAGCUUUGGCAUACUUGGGAAUGAUUGUUCCCGCAUACGGUUACGCAUAUUUCGCAGCAACCAUUAUCAGAGACAUGGGCUACACUGCAGCCUCCGCAAACCAGCACUCUGUCUACCCUUGGUUGGCCGCAUUCUUCAUGAUGAACAUUGUUGCCUUCUUGUCCGAUAGAUUCCGCAAAAGAUUGCCAUUUUUCCUUGCAAGUGCCGUCAUUGGUAUUGCGGGGUUGGCAAUGAUUUUGGGUGCAAAGGACAGUCCUAAUGUGAGAUACGGAGGGUGUUUCCUUACUGCCGCCGGAUUGUACACUGCCAUGCCACUUAUGGUUUGUUGGGCUGCCUUGAACAUGGGUAGUCACAUCAGGAAGAGUGUGGGUACCGCAUGGCAAGUUGGUUUCGGUAAUAUUGGUGGUAUCAUUGCCACCUUCAUUUUCUUAAAAAAAGAUGCUCCUGGCUACGUGCCCGGUUUGAGUGUUGCUAUUGCAGGCACUUGUUUUGCUAUUUUGUGUGGGCUUGCCUACUUCUUCACCGUGUAUAGACUCAACAGAGUCAAGCAGACCGACAGCUACAAGCAGAAAUUCUAUGCCAUGGAUGAAAGAGCACAGGUGAUUGCUGGUGACUUGAACCCCAAUUUCACCUACAGUUACUGA